GUCCGAGCGCGGCAGUGUGCGGCAGCUGCAGGUUUCUGCAGCAUGUGACAGUGAAGUGACUGUGUGGUGGUGAAGUGCACGGCCACAUGGGACAGAGGACCCCAAGCCGUUUACCAGGCGUGAGCAUGGUGUGGGUGCCUGUGGUCACCAUGCUGUGCUGGUCUCCGCAGGUCUUCGCCCCGCACCCUCACCAUACCAGUACCUCACAUCUAGAGCCAGCUGACAGAGCGUUGCGCAGUUACCUGAUCAGUGAGCGACCCUGCGGUGCCCAGUACGGCCUCAACGGCACCUGUAUGUUCAUGUACGACUGUGAGAAGACCAACGGCCACCACAUGUUCAUGUGCAAGGACUCCUUCAUCUUCAGGUCGUGUUGCGGCCACAACCUCACCCCUGAGCAGAUCAAGCGUCUACCUCUGCACAUUGCACCCUCCCUGCCACAGUCUAGCCAGUCCCGACCCGUGGAGCAGUCGCGACCCCCUGGACCUGCACGGCCUCACUUCAUGACCUCCCCGUCCUCCACUCCUAGUCCAUACAAACCCCACAUCACCAUCGUCCAAGGGUCCCACAGCAGUCCGAGGCCGGCUGCUCCGUCCAGCUCUACAGAGAGAUGGGGCCAUCAACACGGGACCGGCCACAGUCACACGAUGGAGUCAGACCUAAGUAACAUGGUAGACUCUACGUGGUCCAACAGUCACCACUGGCCUACCUUCGUCACCAAGCCCCAGGCCCAGGCCAAGCCGAGGCCGUCAGUCAUGUUGUCGUCCACCACGACCACCACGUCCACCACGACGUCGCCAACAACGACCACGACCACGACCAGUACGACCACACCGGUUCAGUCGUCCAGUAGCCCCAGUGUGUCAGCCAACAAGACCUCUGAUGAGUGCGGAGUGCCAAUGGUCAACUCACAACCCGAGAGGUUGAGCGGAAUGAGGAUCGUCGGCGGCAAAAACGCGCAGUUCGGCGUCUGGCCGUGGCAAGUGUCAGUUCGCAGGACGUCUUUCUUCGGGUUCUCCAGCACGCACAGAUGCGGCGGCGCGUUGCUCAACGAACAGUGGAUCGCUACAGCGGGGCACUGCGUAGACGAUUUACUAGCGUCGCAGAUUCGUAUCCGGGUGGGAGAGUACGACUUCUCCAGCACGAUAGAGCCGUACCCCCACAUGGAGCGAGGGGUGGCCAAGAAGGUGGUCCACCCCAACUACAACUUCUUCACGUACGAGUACGACCUGGCGUUGGUGCGACUAGACGCGCCACUGGAGUUCGCUCCGCACGUAUCACCCAUCUGUCUGCCGGGCAGCGACGACCUGCUGAUAGGCGAGCCUGCCACUGUCACAGGCUGGGGGAGACUCAGUGAGGGAGGCACUCUACCGUCCGUGCUGCAGGAGGUGACUGUACCCAUCGUGAGCAACGAGAAGUGUAAGAGCAUGUUCUUGCGCGCAGGCAGGCACGAGUUCAUCCCAGAAAUCUUCAUGUGUGCGGGCUACGACAACGGUGGCAGAGACUCUUGUCAGGGAGACUCCGGUGGACCUCUGCAGGUGAAAGGCAAGGACGGUCGCUACUUCCUGGCGGGCAUCAUCAGUUGGGGCAUCGGGUGUGCAGAGGCCAAUCUGCCCGGGGUCUGCACAAGGAUAUCCAAGUUUGUCCCUUGGAUCCUGCAGACGGUCACGUAGCCGAGUGCGCAACAACCCCUACAACAACAAGAACGUUAUGUUUUGUGAAAAUGACACUCUACCCCUUGAAGAGGCAUUAAUUUAUUUUUAAUUAAGCGACGAAACGUUACGUUCGUUUGAAGUGAUGGAAUAAUAAAAGGGUUUCAAGAUGAAAACUACGGAGCGCGGCUCAAGAAUAGACCCUUCAUUAAAACGUAUUUAGUUCCUGUUUUCUUGAAACAUUUAACCCUCUUUUAGAAUACGGCCAUUAUGAAAGGUUUUAAUUGUCUUUAUAAUUAAUUGUGAGAAAAAGUAAGAAAAACCAAAUUUGUUAUAAGACUAUGCUGAUUCUUUAUUUUUCUAUUUUAACCUUAACAUAUGGUGAUUUAUAAUGAUAUAAAAAAGUUGUUGGUGAAUUUCAAAAAAGGGAUAAGUGCCCACCAAUUUAUCUUAAAUCCAAACAUCAUUGCUCUCUUUCAUUUUCCUUAUUAAUAAUUUGUCUUUAUUAACCUCAUUUAAAGUAAUCAAAAUGAAGUUGGUAGUUUUAAAAGAUAGCAGUAGUCAAUAUAAAUUUAAUGUAUAUGUUUGUAAAUGAAAAGAUUUGAAAAGUCUUUUUAUACAGUGAUACCAAAAGAUUAAGUAAAUAUUUGUUACGUAUAUCUGUAAAAAUGUAUACUAAGGGAUCACUUUGUAGUAUAAGAUGUAAUAAAUGUAAAUAUUGUAUUAUCGUUAUUUGUAUUAAAGAAUUUAUUUACUUCAA